CUGCCGCGGUCGCCGGGCGAUGGAGUGCGAGGCGCGGGUGCUGCGCGCGGCGGGCGGCUUCGGCCGGGCCAGGCGCCUGCUGGCCGUCGCGUCGUGGCUGCCGUGCGUGGCGCUCGGGCUGGCGCUGAGCUCCGACUCGCUGCUUACGGCGCGGCCCGCGCACCACUGCCGGCCGGACCCCACGCUGCUGCCCCCUGCGCUGCGCGCCCUGAGCGGGCCCGCGCUCCUCGAGGCCAGCGUCCCGCGCCAGGGCCCCACGGGAGUGCCCAGCCCCUGCCUGCUGCUGCGCUACCCCGCGGCCCCCACGCUCUCCGCGGUCCCCGCGCCCGACGGCACGCGGCCAUGCACGCGCGGAUGGCUCUACGCACUGCCCGUCGCCGGCCUUUGGCGCAGCCCGGUCACCCAGUGGAACCUCGUGUGUGGGGACGGCUGGAAAGUCCCAUUGCAGCGCACAGGCCACCUCCUGGGCUGGCUGCUGGGGUCUGUGCUCCUGGGUGCAGGCUGUGACCGGUUUGGGCGCCGAGCUGUUUUUGUGGCCUCUUUGGUCCUGGCCUCUGUUCUAGGGGCUGGCGAGGCCCUAGCUGCUGGUUUCCCUGUCCUGCUGGCCCUGAGGCUGCUCCAAGGAGGUGCCUUGGCAGGGGCUUUCCUGGCCCUCUACGUGGCACGCUUGGAGCUGUGUGACCCCGAGCACCGCCUGGCCUUCUCCUUGGGCGCCAGCUUAUGCUGUGUGCUGGGUGUGCUGCUGCUACCCGGGCUGGCUGUACUGGCACAGGACUGGCAUCUUCUGCAGGGGCUGAGUGCCCUGGUGACUGGGCUCCUACUGCUCUUUUGGGGAUUCCCAGCUCUGCUCCCUGAGUCUCCCUGCUGGCUGCUGGCCACACGGCAGGUGGCCCGGGCCAGGAGGAUCCUGUGGCACUUUGCAGAAGCCAGUGGUGUGGACCCUGAGCACAGUUCCUUGGAGGACAGCUCCCUGGCUACAGGUGAGACACAUGCUUGUGGCAGGAAGGUGGGCCUGGAGAGGUGCUGUCAUGCAUGCCCCUGUCUCCCUGCCACAGAGCUGGCCGAGCUGGCCACAGGCAGCAUCCAGCCUCAGUACCACUCGGGCCUGGGCCUCCUGCAUACUCGCCUCGCCUGGAGAAACGUGCUCAUCCUGGGCAUCAGCUCGCUGGUUGGCGGGGGCAUUCAAGCCAGCUUUCUGCGCAGCCUGGCCCCGCUUGAGACGGCCUUCUACCUGCCCUAUUUCCUGGAGGCCGGCCUGGAAGCUGCUGCCAUCACCUGCCUGCUGCUGACUGCCAAUCGCUGGGGUCGCCGCCUUGUCCUGCUGCUGGGGACCCUGGUCACAGGCCUGGUGUCCUUGCUGCUGCUUGCUGGGGCUCAGUACCUGCCAGGCUGGGCCUUGCUGCCCCUCUCUAUGCUGGGCCUCCUGGCCUCCCAGACCAUGUCGGUGCUCAGCAGCCUCUUCGCGGCCGAGGUCUGCCCGACGGUGAUCAGGGGCACCGGGCUGGGCCUUGUGCUGGGUGCCGGGUUCCUGGGCCGGGCAGCUGCGCCCCUCACGGAGAUGGUAGACCAGCAGGGCUUCUUCCUGCAGCACACGGUGCUCACCUCCCUGGCUAUCCUGGCCCUGCUCUGCAUCCUGCUGCUGCCCGAGACCUGCGGUCGGGCACUGCCUGUGUCACUGGAGGACGCUGAUCAUCUGCACCGAGCCCCUCUCCUGCGUGCCCAUCAGCCCCCGGACUACCUGCCUCUUCUGCUGCCCUCCCACUGAGGGCAACUGCACAUCCCCACUACUGGGCAGCCCGAGUCCAGCUGGGGCUCACUGAGCCCUGAAAUGUCUGGCCUGGGGUCACCACCGGAGGCAGCCCCCCAUCCAUGGUCAUUGUGGGCUAGGCAGUGUGGGGGCAGCACCAGGUCCCCAGCUAGGGCCUUCCCCCUGGCCAUUUCUCCUGGGCCACCCUGGCAGGGUGUGUAAGAUAAAGGCAGCCCUAGAAUCUGGUCUCCUCCCUGGGGCUUUUUUGGCAUUGCCUGACAGGCCCUGUGCUAUGCCCCCCACGCUGGACCUGGAGCAGGCCUCCAGCUCCUGACAGGUGCUUGCCUAGCCAAACCUUACGCCCUGCCUGGUCAGUGUGACAUUCACAGCACAUCAAGUGAACA